CCGCCGGGCCGCCCGGCGGCACUGAAGUGGGGCACCGGGGUCCCCCCGGCCCCGCGCCCCGGAGCCGGGGCCGCUCGGGGUCCUGGACGAGCAUGCCGGUUGUCCCCCUGAAACGGAGCCCCCCGCCUCGGGCCGUCUGAGGAGACGCCGGCCAUGCGGCUCCUCACCUGCUUCCUGCAGCUCCUGGCCGGGCUCGCCCUGCCCACCCCUCCGCCUCAGCGGGACCGGCUCUCCGGGAACAGCAGCACGUCCGAAGGGGAAGUGCUGCCCUUCCAGGAGGUUUGGGGUCGCAGCUUCUGCCGCUCCCUGGAGAAGCUGGUGGAGAUCGUGGCCGAGUACCCCGGCGAGGUGGAGCACAUGUUCAGCCCCUCGUGCGUCUCGCUGCGGCGCUGCACCGGCUGCUGCGGGGACGAGAGCCUCCGGUGCGUCCCCGUGGAGACGGCCAACGUCACCAUGCAGCUCCUGAAGAUCAAAUCUGAGGAGCAGACGUCCUACAUGGAGCUGACCUUCACCGAGCACGUGCGGUGUGAGUGCAGGCCUCGGCGGGAAAAGAUGAAACCGGAGAGGAGGAGAAGCAAGGACAGAGGGAAGAGGAAGAGAGAGAGGCCGAGACCCACGGGUUGUCACCUGUGCAGCGCCGCUCCUCCCCGCAGAUAGCCGGCUCCCCGGGAGAGAGCCGCUCCGGCGCCCGGCCGCUGUAUUUAUUUCCCCGUCUCACUUCCCCAGUUCCCUCGCUGGCCACGUCCCCUCUAUUUAUUAGCCGACCGUAACCCCGUCCGGACGACCGGCGCCCAGCCCCGGCUCGGACCCCGGCGGACUCCGGGGGCCCGGGCGGGGGAUCCAUCCGGGGGCCGCGUCCGGCCCGCUUGACCGCAAGGGAGGGGCUCGCCGGUCCCACCCGAGGGGGGCAGGGGCGCCGCGGCGGGGAGGGCGGUCGGGGCGCCGAGGGGGGGGCCGAGGCCUCGAAGCCGGCCCCGGGGGAGAGUCGCCCGACGUGGCCGUUCCCUAGGCCGGGCUGCGCCCUGGGAGCCGAGGGAAGCAGCUUUAGAGGACGGCGGUCAGCCGGGCGGUGGGUCUUCCCGGGCUUUUCGCCGCCCCGCUUGGCGCCUACCGCCCCUCCCCUGCGUCCGCCUCCGCUGUCGCUUCAACCUCCUCGCCCACGACGCCGCUCUGGACGCCCGCCUGCCGCCCGCCGGAGAGGAGCCCGAGAGGGACAGGGGCCACGGGCCUGGGCCGGAGACCUCGGGAGGAAGGUGACCCGGCCCGGGGACGAGCGGGAGACGGGCGCCCGGCCCGCCGAGACCCGGAUCUCCCGGGGCCCGGGCGCCGGAGCGAAGCCAGUUCCUCUUAAUAAACUAUCCUAGUUAAAACCAGA